AUGACAUGUUUUGAUAGAAUAUGGGUCAGCCAAUUUUUCACUUUUUUCAUCUUUCAUUCUUUUGUGUUGUCUUCGUCAGUGACAGGGAGCUUGCCCAGGAAAACGAGCAAUGCCCAAGAGGAUGGCUCGGAUACUCCGUAUAUACUCCGUAUAACACAUCCACAUUCAGGGAACUUGAGUUUCGAAAAUACGAGAUUUAGGCGCCAUAAUAGGGGAAGAGGCGGCCUUGAGCAGUCUGUCGCCGCCAAAAAAAAUAAGCAUGACCAUCUAUUGGGCCCAGCUGGUAGUGGACGAGUUAUAUAUUUAUGUAGACAGAAAAAGAAAGUAGCACAUCCAUAUAUAUUAUUUAUUGGUCGAAUCACAUCACGUAAAAAAGAGGACAAAGAACUGGGGGUUGGUCUGUUUUCUUUUUCUUUACAUAAUUCUCUUCAGGUUGGGCGCCAUGAACAGGUUACCUCCGAUACGCAAGGCCUCCACGAAGGUGUGGGUGGAUAUAGGCAUUUACAUACUUAUGUAGAAGAGACAACUGCGCUGGACGUGAUGUCACAGCACAUCAAGGAACCCUGGGCUGCGGCGCUGCAUGUACAGGAAGACUCAUCCGGAGAGUCAUCUGCCUAUGAACCCGCAUAUACAUACAUAAAGUGA